AUGGUGGUAGGCGGAGUUUGCAGUCCAUAGAACUGACUACAGACAAACAGAAACGCGCCGGGGUUGAGCGCUGGCCGGUGUGGCGGAAUGCGCGAAAAUAAUACUGCUUGGAAUAACGAGACCCCGAAAGCUUUCUGUGAUAAUUUUUAGCCGUUGCGAAACUAAUCAGGCCAUCUGAAUUCUGAGUUUGCAUUGCUACAGCCGAGCAACAUAAUCUAGGUAUUUUCUUUUGUGUGCGUUAUUUAUGAAAUGACACCACGAAAUUUUUGAACGGACGGGACCUCAACCCAUUAGGCAAAGCCGGCUUCUGUUCACUGUCAGCCGUUGAACAGUGCAAUUUGAUAAAAGGGGGCCAUGGCUGAGCGCGCUCAGGGCAGCGGCAGCAGCAGCCUGCAGAGGAAGAAGCCGCCCUGGCUGAGGCUGGACAUCCCGAAACCACAGCUGUCCCUGGACGAGCCGCCCACUUUCGCUCAGGUGCAGGUGAAGAGGCAGGCGUUCCUCCGGAGCGUCAGCAUGCCCGUGGAGAGCACGCGCUUCCAGUCCCCGCCCUUCGACCCCCGCCGCCCCGCCCUGCAGAGGCAGGCCUCCAUCACGCAGACCAUAAAGAGCAGUAAGAGGGUGCACUUUGAGCGGAUUCACACUGUGCCGGUUAAGGGCCCGCGAGCAGCCCGGCGAGGCUCCCGGAGACCCCAGUCCCUGUCCAAAAUCUUCCUCAGGGGUACGGCGGACUGGUUUGGCAUUGGCAGAGAUGGGGACACCACGCAGCGCUGGCAGAGGAAGAGCCUCCAGCACUGCAGCCUGCGCUACGGCAAGCUGAAGCCCCACGCCAUGCGUGACAUGGACCUGUCCAGCCAGGACAACCUGUCACUCACCAGCACCGAGACCCCGCCCCCCCUCUACGUCCCCGCCUCCCAGCGCGGCAUGCAGAAGAUCGUGGACCCCCUGGCGCGGGGGCGGGCCUUCCGCAUGGCGGAGGAGGCGGACGGGCACAGCGUGCCCCAGACGCCGGCCACGCCCGGGGGCGCCUCGCUCUGCUCCCUCGCCAGCUCCCGGUCGGGCGCGGCCCGCCUCCACCGGCGACGCAAGAGGGAGUCCGUCGCCAAGAUGAGCUUCCGAGCCGCCGCCGCGCUGGUCAAGGGUCGGCCACUGCGAGAGGGCACGGUGUGUCGGACUCAGAGGAGAAGCUUCACCCCGUCCUUCUUCCUGGAGGAGGAGGAGGGAGUGGAAAUGCCGGAGGAGCUGGACACCUCCUUCUUUACCAAGGACCGCUCUGUACGGGAGGAGCUGUCCUCGUAUCCAGAUGAGGUGUUUGAGUCACCCUCCAAUGGCUCUGUCAAAGAGGCGGAGCCUCUGAGGGUGGCGGAGGAUAGCGACCUGACAGGCAGCGCGCUGGAUAAGAACGAGCUGGAGAGGAGUCACCUGAUGAUGCCCCUGGAGCGUGGUUGGAGGAAGAGCAGGGAGGGACCCCCGCCCCCGCCCAAGGUGCCGCUGCGGCAGGAAGUGGUCAGCGUGGAAGGGCAGAGGCGGGGCCAGCGGAUCGCUCUGCCCGUUAAGAAGCUGUUCGCCCGCGAGAAGCGGCCGUACGGCCUGGGCAUGGUGGGCAAGCUCACCAACCGCACGUACCACAAGCGCAUCGACAGCUACGUGCAGCGGCAGAUCCUGGACAUGCACGACCACAGGCCAUUCUUCACAUACUGGAUCACGUUUGUCCACCUGCUGAUCACCAUCCUGGCAGUGUGUAUCUACGGCAUCGCGCCUGUCGGCUUCUCCCAGCAUGAGACCAUUGAUUCGGUUUUAAGAACUAAAGGUGUUUAUGAAAAUGUAAAGUUUGUUCAACAAGAGAACUUCUGGAUGGGACCAAGUUCGGAGGCGCUGAUUCACCUGGGGGCCAAGUUCUCUCCCUGCAUGCGGCGGGACCAGCAGGUGCACCAGCUGAUCCAGGCGCAGCGGGCGCAGGAGCGGGACUCGGCCUGCUGCGUGCGCAACGACCGGUCCGGCUGCGUGCAGACAGCCGCAGAGGAGUGCUCUACGACGCUGGCCGUGUGGGUGAAAUGGCCGGGGCACCCCAGCGCCCCUCUCCUGCGGGGGAAAGUGCGCCAACAUGGGUCUGUGUGCCACCAGGACCCCAGGAUUUGUCUGGAGCCUGCCUCUGUGCCUCCUCACGAGUGGCCCGAUGACAUCACCAAAUGGCCGAUCUGCACCAGGCACAACACAGGAAACCACACCAACCUGCCCCACAUGGACUGCGCUCUCACUGGGCGACCCUGCUGCAUCGGCACCAAAGGGAGGUGUGAGAUAACAUCCCGGGAGUACUGUGAUUUCAUGAAGGGUUACUUCCACGAGGAGGCCACCCUCUGUUCCCAGGUACACUGCAUGGAUGACGUGUGCGGGCUCCUCCCCUUCCUGAACCCUGAAAUCCCAGACCAGUUCUACAGGCUGUGGCUCUCUCUCUUCCUGCAUGCGGGAAUCCUCCAUUGCUUGGUGUCGGUGGCGUUCCAGAUGACCAUCCUUAGGGACCUGGAGAAGCUGGCGGGCUGGGUGCGGAUCUCCAUCAUCUACAUCCUGAGCGGCAUCACGGGAAACCUGGCCAGCGCCAUCUUCCUGCCCUACCGAGCCGAGGUGGGUCCUGCGGGCUCGCAGUUCGGCAUGCUGGCCUGCCUGUUCGUGGAGCUGUUCCAGAGCUGGCAGAUCCUGGCGCAGCCGUGCCGCGCCUUCGCCAAGCUGCUGUGCGUGGUGCUGCUGCUGUUCGCCUUCGGCCUGCUGCCCUGGAUCGACAACUUCGCCCACGCGUUCGGCUUCGCCUCGGGCCUGCUGCUCUCCUUCGCCUUCCUGCCUUACAUCAGCUUCGGCCGCGCCGACAUGUACCGCAAGCGCUGCCAGAUCCUGGCGGCGCUGGCCGCCUUCCUGGCGCUGCUCUCCGGCCUGGCCGUGCUCUUCUACGUGCGGCCCUUCAAGUGCGACUGGUGCGAGCUCCUCACCUGCAUCCCCUUCACCGACACCUUCUGCGGGAAGUACGACCUGAACGCGCACCUGCACUGAGCCGCCGCCGGGGGGCGGCGUCGAGCGGGCUGCGAAACGAGGCCUGGUUUGCAUAUGGUUGCCCCCCCCCCCCCCCCGCCCCACAGCCCCUUUUCUGUAAACUGUGACGAUAUCGUUUUUCUACUUUUUGUUAUUUUUUUAACGUUCUUAAAGUCACGGACACUGCCCAGCCCGUCAGCAGUAGUUCGUACCACCCGAGGACUUCCUCUGUUCCUUCUGACCAAUAUUCCUCCGGGAGCCAGUCCUUCUGGAAACAGCGCUACAAGCGGCUCUGUCUGGUCUGACCCAAGCCCUCGAACGAGGCCCACUUUUACUCUCUGACAUUUGACCUGCGCUAGAGAGAGAGAGAGGCUGGCUCUGGUGCACCGGAGAAAAGGAUGCUCCCCCUCUUUAUCUCAUCCCUUUUUUUACUUUUGAUCUCUCACUUUUUAAAAAAGUUCUUCCGAAAUCUGGCCCGGGUUCUUAUUUGUUUAUCAGGCACCUCCUGGGACACCUAAACUACUAGGGAAAAAGAAAAAAUACUCGACUCAAGACAACGGACACAAGCCGUCGGUGCCUUGGUGAUAGAGUACUGCCAUAUUUUUGUUAUUCCCGCUCGAGCGGCCGAAAUGUUGACGGUUUUAUUUGUUUGGUUUAUUGCUUGUGAAGCAGUGACAAAUGGCGAAGUCGGGCUGCGUUUUAGCUGCCCGCCCACUGACUUGUAAAGUAACUUGACAAUACAGCCACGGAAAACCUCAAACCCCGCCUUCCAGAGUGUUCUGUCUCUGUGUCCCGUCUGUCUGUCCCGUGUGUGUGUGCUCUACACGCUGCCGUGUGUCAGAUUUCAGUGCUUUGCGCCCAGCCUGUUUUAGGGGUGAAACGAUGUCACUAGCAUGUACCCUGUUCCGUUUGUCAAGUUAUCUGUGCAUGGAAAAACACAAAGUAUCAUUGUGCUAAUCAGUUAUAUAUUGGCUAUAAUCAGGUAAUAACUUUAGAAAAUGUCUCCAGUUUAUGUGUGCGGUGGGGUGUGCUGGGUCACAUUGAGCGAAAUUGUGAGGUAGCUGACUGAUGAUUUUCCUCAGCAUUGUAUGUUGGGAGUAUUUCUAAUCGUCUGUUCAGUCUCAUUUCCAGAAGUUUCCACACCUUAUCUGUGUCCACAUUCCUCAUUGGGACCAGUAGCCAAAGCUUGUGGACGCCUUAUGUGUUUAUGUCUGUUGCCCAAAAGACAGUCUGCCAAUCGGAGGGUCACAUUUAACUCAGCAAAAAUCUGGGAGUAUUUCAGUAUCGGAAUGACCACUUCCUUUUCAAAAUGAUUUAUUAUUUCAAUCAAAAACUAAUCAUGGCUCAAGCAGACAUAAUAAAAACAUUAUAGCAACAUUAUACAAACUUACAAAGGACAUAUUUACAGUGGAAGCAGCAAGUGGGCAGCUUUGAGUGAAUAAGAUCUGUGAUCCUAAAAGUACUAAAGUGUCGCCCAUCAUAAUUAAGCUGUUUUAAUUAUUCUUUAAGACAUGUAUACGUGCUGGCUACAUAUUCACGUUCAAGAAAUGUAGAUGUUCAAGCUGCAUGUAUUUACUUGACAUGAACAUUUACAAUUUGAUUCAUCAAUUCAGCUACUGGUGUUUUGUGUAUUUGUAGCACUGGAUCUGGUAGACAACUAACAUCUGAGAACUGGUUUGUUCGCUGUUCACAUUUAACACGGCUUCCUGUUUGUACCAAAAUUUCCAGUGUUAAUGAAUGUGAGCCUCCCUUUAAAUUGUGUGACAAUAAUCCCUGAAAGCAUCUUUUGUACGAUGGUGGCAUAGAUCCUUUAUACAAACCGGAGACUUAGCUCAGGAUUGGUAAAUCUGAAGUUUGUUCUCUGCUGUUAAAACUGAAAUGUUCUCAUUCAGUGCAUCCUCUGAUCAUAAAGGGGUUUGAUGAAG